GCGUGGCCACGAGAUGUCGACGGAACGGAGCGCCGUGUCUCGUGUCGCAACGCCGCCGUUCAUCGCCUACGCUGCGAGAGCGUCGCCGGGGAAGCAUCCAUGGCUUCUACUUGCUUCUUCCGCUUAUCCCUCCCUCUGCCCCUCUUUCCUCUCCUAACGAGAAAUGUGCCGAUGGUGGCAAUCCAUUCUUUUGCACCUUACCGGUCUAUGCAUCGGCAUUUGCUAUCCAGUGCCAUGAUUCCGCGACCAAAUCAUUUGAGUUGCAUUAGGUCGAUGUCAUCCAAUGCGAGUGCUGAAGAAGCCGGCGUGCCGAGAUCUGUCCCCGUGGCCGUCGCCCAUGAGCUCCUCGAAGCGGGACAUCGCUACCUCGAUGUCAGGACGGAAGGGGAAUUCAGUAGCGGGCAUGCAGUGGGAGCUGUUAACAUUCCUUACAUGUUCAAGUCUAACUCAGGAAUGUCAAAGAACCCAAACUUUAUGCAGGAAGUGUUAUCAACUUUCAAAAAGGAUGAUGAGAUAAUUGUUGGUUGUUUAAGUGGAAAACGGUCAUCUAUGGCUGCAACUGAACUUUCAAAUGCUGGUUUUACUGGCAUCACAGAUAUUUCUGGUGGUUAUUCAGCAUGGGUGGAGAAUGGACUUCCAACAGAGAAAUAACUGAAUCAGAAUGGCCAAUGUGCUUCCAACUAAUAGAUGUGAGGUAUGGCUGCAACGUGAACGAGGAUAAUGCUUCUAUGAGAAGGUUUAAUCUGCAUGAGACACUGCAUCCUUGCAUUGUUUGGGAUCUAAAACCUCUGUCCCUAAUUAAUUAUUCCUCAUGGCUUUGGAUUGCUUUUGUUAUCCUACCAGCAACUCAAUCAAUCAAGUUAAAUAUGCUCUUCGACAUCACUGUUUUUGGAUCAAACACCAUAAAAUAUUUUGUUCUUGUGAAGAUAUUUGGCAUGUUUGUUAGAGCUGAAUCGGAUUAGAAGUAUCCAUAAAUUUCCUUGGAUUGACCUU